AUGAGUGACUUACCAUAUCUAAAAGGCGUGCGCACACGCUACUUUAAUUUCCUUGAGAAGGAAUUACGGACUGGAGAUAAUUUAUUAGAAACAAGUAUUGAGAGCAUAAGCCCAGAAGAAUACAAGAAGCUUGAGCAUUCUGUCAAUGAAAGUAAACUUAAGAUUGAUAUUUAUAUAGAUAAGCUUACUGUUCAGUCAGAAAAGGUAGCGCGUGCAAUUGGUGAUUCAGAUAGUGAAUUUAUUCAGGAGAUGAUUGAAAUUGAUUCAGUCUUGAUUGAUAGGGCUUUGUCGAUAGCCUUUAAACUGAAAAAUGUACAGACCGACCUGAAAAGCAAAAUAGCAGAGAAUAUUAUAAAAGAGGAGUCGGACGAAGAAGGAUCAGCUUUACAAAAAAUGUGUGAAGUUCAGAUGAAACUUCAACAAGCCUUCUUUGAACAUCAGCAAGAACGGGCAGAAGAGCAAAUGAAAAUGCAACAGAAAUUCUUUGACAAGCAACACAGUCUCAAAAUUAAGAGUGAGAAUACUGUCAAAUUGCCAAAGUUAGACAUAGUUUCCUUUAAUGGAAAUAAACUGCAAUGGAUGGAAUUUUGGGACUCUUUCUCUAGUGCUGUACAUGAAAAUGACAAUCUGUCGCCAGUUGACAAGUUCAACUAUUUAAAGGGAAAGCUGGUUGGAGAAGCUAGAGGUGCUAUCGCUGGACUGACAUUAUCUAAUGAAAACUACGGUAUUGCCAUAACAAUUCUAAAGGAAAGAUUUGGAGAUAAACAAGACAUUAUAGAUUUGCAUUAUAAGGGGCUGGUGAACGUUGCAUCCCCUAAAGAUACAACUGAAAGUUUGCGAUUCUUUUAUGACAAAAUACAAAAGCACUUGAGAAGUUUGGAGGUUAUGCAUGAGAGUUUGGAGCAACAAGUGUUCGUAUCAAUUAUUCGGAGCAAACUACCAAGUGAAGUUCUUAUGCAUCUUGAAGUACAAAAGGGUGCAGACAAUAAGUGGACGAUAACCAAGCUUCGUGAGUUUCUCAGACAGUAUAUUGUAUCCAGAGAAAAGUCAGACAGACCGAAACCAGUCAGUGCUAAUUUUGUACCUGAUAGAAGAGUUAAUCCACAGUUUCAAAGAUCAACAAAUACUUUUAAGAGCUACAGGGGUAAUUCAACAACAAGUAACACUACCGGAGCUCUGACUGCAUAUGACAAGAAAGGACAUACGCCUCUAAAACAUCAUCAAAAACAACAACAACAUAAGAGAAUAUGUAGAUUCUGUAGUAAAAAUCAUUGGAGUGACGAAUGUCCGAAGUUUAAAACAAUCGACGAAAGAAAAGCUCAAAUAAAGGGAUGCUGUUACAAAUGCUUAAGAGAAGGACACAUGUCUCCUGACUGUAAAAGUAUACGUGUUUGUGUAUAUUGCAAUAAAUCAAAUGUACACCACAGAAGCUUAUGCCCUGAAAAAUUUAGAAAGGCAUCUCUGCAAGAAAGUGUAAAUUUGUUAGAAGAAGUAGCAUGUGUGUCUGAAGAUAGAGCAAAACCAAAGGAAAUUCUUAGAAAUUCUACGGAUGAUAAAGCUUGUAUUGAAAGUGCUUUGUUAUCUUCUAAUGAAAUAGUGAUGAUGCAAACAUCGCGCACUGAGAUUUGUGAUCCAGAUGGUCAAAAUAAAGAGAACGUAAGAAUCUUAUUAGAUUCAGGGUCGCAAAGAACAUACAUAACCGAGAGACUGGCUAAAUCUUUGAAUCUCAAGAAGAAAAGUAGGCAAGAGAUUCGUCUAGUUACAUUUGGGAGUGACAAACCUAAAGUGAUUAGGACAAUGUCUACGCAAUUGAAUAUUCGAUUAAAGGAUGGACAGAAUUUCGCUAUUACAGCAAAUAUUGUUCCAACAAUUACAGGAAGCAUUCAAAGAAAACCAGUGUCUAUAUCUAAUAACGGAGAGUUCAGAUCGUUAAUCAAGAAUCUUACUCUAGCGGAUGAUAUACCGACUGAAGAAUACACAGAUUCUAUUGAUUUGCUGUUGGGAAAUGAUUAUUACUUAGAUAUAGUGUUAGGACAUAAAAUAGAAAUUCAGCCAGGCUUAUACCUCUUGUCAUCAAAACUUGGUUGGAUUCUUUCAGGAAGAACAAGUGAAAUCGAUGACAGCGUUACUGAUGCCAAUAUGCUCAUAUUAUCAUAUGGCAAUAACAUAACUAAGACACAAGUGUUUACAACAGUUGACACAUGUGUUCCAAAAUUACCUGACAUAGAAGACUUUUGGAAUAUAGAAACAAUAGGAUUGAAAGAUAGCACAAAUGAAAGAACUGAGGAUGAUCAAGCGAUAGAUAAGUUCAAAGAAAGUCUUGUGUUCAAAGAUAACAGAUAUUAUGUCAAGUGGCCGUGGAGAGGCGACAAUUAUGAAGUUCCAGAAAAUCGUCCUCUAGCUUUUGGACGACUUAAGUCAUUAGUGAAAAGGUUCAAAGAUAACCCAGAUGUAUUACAGAAAUAUGAUUCUGUUAUUCAAGAUCAGCUUGAAAAGGGCAUUAUAGAAAAAGUUGAGACCUCUGAAAAGAAAGGACAUAUCCAUUACUUACCCCAUCACGCAGUGAUAAAGCCUGACAAAUCAACAACAAAGCUGAGAAUUGUGUAUGACGCGUCAGCUAAAUCAAAGGUUGAAAAUAACAGUCUGAACGACUGCCUUUACAGAGGACCCGUGCUUUUGAAUGAUUUGUGUGGAAUUCUGCUAAGAUUUCGACUACAUAAGAUCGGUAUUGUUUCCGAUAUAGAGAAGGCUUUCCUCCAAGUUGGGUUGCAGAAAGAUCAAAGAGAUGUCACUCGUUUCAUAUGGUUAAAAGAUAUUGAACACCCAGACAUAUCGCAAAAUCAGGUACAAGAAUACCGGUUCUGUAGGAUCCCCUUUGGAAUUGUGUCAAGCCCUUUCUUAUUGGGAGCAACAAUUGAUUAUCACUUGGAGUGCUAUAACAAUGAAAUCGCCAAGAAACUGAGACUAGAUAUUUAUAUGGACAAUGUUGUAACGGGAACAGAAAACGUUGAAGCUGCGAAAGACUUGUAUAUUAGGUCCAAAAGAAUUUUCGACGAUGCCAGCAUGAAUCUUCGCGAGUGGGCGUCUAACAACAGAGACGUGACGGAAAGUAUUCCACCUGAAAACAGAGCCAAUGAAACUGUGAUUAAAGUGUUAGGUCUUGAAUGGAACAGACACAAGGAUACAUUUGCGAUACAGAAAGUGAAUAAAUCGACAACUCAGUGUGUAACUAAACGUGUCAUUUUGAGCAAAAUUGCCUCUGUAUUUGACCCUCUAGGUAUAUUUGCACCAGUUACACUUAGAGGAAAAGUACUCAUUCAAACACUGUGGAAGAAAAAAGUCGAUUGGGACCAGCCAAUUGACGAAGAAGACAUUGUUGUAUGGCAUGAAAUUCAACGAGAUCUCAGUGAAAUAAGUGAACAUGCCAACCCACGAUGCAUUGUAAGUGAAGGUGAUAACAAAAAUAUUCUUGUGUGUUUCUGUGAUGCCUCUACCAAAGCAUACGCUACCGUUAUAUAUUUGAUGCAGAAAGGGAAUUCACAACAGCACAUCGAAAUAGUAUUUUCAAAGACUCGACUUGCUCCAACUUCAAACAUCAGUAUUCCACGACUUGAACUCCUUGCUGUACUUAUAGGGGUACGAUGUUUAGCCUUUAUACAAGAGCAAAUAAAGAUGCAAAUUGACGAAGUUCAUUUGUUCUCAGAUUCUCAGUGUGCAUUAAAAUGGAUUAUGUCGGGAAAACAGCUUCCGUUGUUUGUUAGAAAUCGAGUUAAUGAAAUAAAAGACCACAAACAUGUGUCCUUCCAUUAUGUUACGUCUAGAGACAAUCCUGCUGAUAUAGCCAGUCGGGGUUGCUCUACAAAAGAUCUUGUGAAAAAUUCGUCAUGGUGGCAUGGUCCUGAGUGGCUAUUGCAAGACAUUUCCGAAAGGACAUUAGAUGAGUUAACGUUUAAAGAAAAUGAUAGAAUGGACAAAGCAAUGGCAACAAAAUGUAAAUGUUUAUAA